GAGCAAUGGAGUAGCGUACACGUAGCAAUCACUUUGUGAUUUAUGUCGGAGUUGAGAAAACAUUACUAUCCUGCAGGAUGACAGACAACAAAUGGUAUGUGCAUGCGUGAGUCUGUGUGUGUGUGUGUGUGUGUGUGUGUGUGUCAGAGACAAGGGGAAAACGGGGUGUGCUCUGCUGUGUGGAAAUGAGAGGGAAAGCUAACAUUCUCCAUCACGUACCCUCCCAUACCUUUCCCCGCUGGUUUGGGCUCUUUAAAAGCUGCUGCCAGUGGUGUCUCUCAGCCUCAUUAUCACUUUGUCUUAGCUGGAGGGAAUUAUAUAACCCUUUUGACACAGAGACAAACUGCAGUCGGUGGAACUAAACUAAGAUAGUGCAAAAGAGGGAGCAGAGUUAGACUAGGAAAUCUGGACUGUUACCAUCCAUUGGUGGACAACUUUCAACGGAAGAUGCUUCUGUAUUUAAACAUCCUGGCGCUGCUCCUUCUGCAGUCGGCUCUGUCAAGCCCUGUGGUGCUGACCACACCAUCCAGGGGAUGUCCCACCUGUGGAGCAAAGCCCUCACAGCCUUCCAUAGAUUUAAACGCCACGGCUCUGGCUGUUGGAGAACCGUGUGGGGUCUACACUGCCAGCUGUGCCAACGGUCUGCGUUGCGCACCUCCAGAGGGAGAACCAAGGCCCCUCCGUGCCCUGCUGGAGGGCAGAGGGGUCUGCAGCAAUGCCAGCAGUGCCAGCCCGACUGAACAGGUCAACACUGCAGAUCCAGCUCCCACCGAGGAUCCAGAGGAGGCUCCAUGUCGUAAACUGCUAACUACACUCAUCAGAGGUCUUGAUGCCCAUUUAUUUAAGUCAAAUCAUGAUAUUUACAUGCCCAACUGUGACAAGCGUGGCUUUUUCAGAAGGAAGCAGUGCUGGUCAUCUCGAGGCAAGCAGCGUGGCAAGUGUUGGUGUGUGGAUGAGAAUGGCAUGCCGGUCCCCUCAAACACCAGACAGAGAGGUGGCCUGAGUUGUUAAGAUGCAUGGAGCCUGGACUAAAGCAGGGGAGGCUGCAGCUUCACUACCAAGAUGAAGGAACACCAUACAGAGUCUAAAGGAAGUGAAAACGGUGCCUCACGUUUCAUGUCUCCAUCAGCCAGAAUCAGCUUUCCACCUAUGAAAAUCUGUUUCAAAAUCAGGUGUAACUUUGUCUCCUUGCGCCCUCUACUGAACAUAACAUAAGACUGUAUUGAUUUCACGUGUCACAUUGGAGCAAGACACUCUACUGAGAGCAGCUGCCCAGAAACUGCAUGAGCAGUUUGAGCUGCACAUAUUACUUUCAAGUUUCACAAUUUUUAUUAGAUAAAUAUCUCAUGCCGAGUUUUAUAUUAAUAGUUGGAAACAUGUUUUUUUAGCACAAUAUACUAUGCAUAAGGUUUUGGUGUAAUUUGGUCCUUUGUAUGCACUCAGUAUAUCAUAUUUAUAUAUUUUCAGUAUUUGUUUUUUACUUUGAAACCACUGUAACUGUAUUACUGUAAUUUCUGUACAUAAUCUAUAGACGUAAUCCUAUUUAUGUUACUUUGAAUAUGAUAUUUUAUUUAUGUUAAUAGUUCUAAUACUUUAAAUAGCCUGUAAGAGCAGACACUCAAUGUAUCACUAAAAAAACCUGAAAUCCUUCUGUUUUAAACAUAACAUACAUGUCAUGUCUGGGUUUAUGAAUUGUUGAAAUAAAAACUAAAAACACUGA